AUGGAAGCUGCACAUUUUUUCGAAGGGACCGAGAAGCUGCUGGAGGUUUGGUUCUCCUGGCAGCAACCUGACGCAAACCAAGGAUCUGGGCAUCUUCACACCAUCCCAAGACACAAGUGGGACAUACUUCUGAAGGAUAGUCGAGUAAUCAAUCAGCCAGAUCAAACCCUGGAAAUUCUGAUGAGUGAGCUUGACCCAGCAGUUAUGGACCAGUGCUACAUGAAAUAUGGUAUUACUGCAAAGGAUGUCACUCAUGAGAGUAGAAUUUGUGAUCUGAUACCAGGUUCUGUCAUUGAUGCCACACUGUUCGAUCCUUGUGGGUAUUCAAUGAAUGGAAUGAAAUCAGAUGGAACUUACUGGACUAUCCACAUCACUCCAGAACCAGAAUUUUGUGUUAGCUUUGAAACAAAUUUAAGUCAGACCUCCUAUGAUGACCUGAUCAGGAAAGUUGUGGAAGUCUUCAAGCCAGGAAAAUUUGUGACCACCUUGUUUGCAGAUCAGAGUUCUAAAUGUCACACAGUGCUUUCUUUGCCCCAGAAGACUGAAAGUUUUAAAGGUCUUGAUUGCCAGAGUGCUCUAUUCAGUGAUUACAAUUUUGUUUUUACCAGUUUUGCUAAGAAGCAUCAACAACAGCAGAGUUGA